AUGAAUUUGGGCCGGAAACGCAAGUUUGGCUCUCCAGAGUCCAGAUCUGUCCGUUCAAAGCUCUUCAAUAAAGAUAUCUCCUCCAAUGUGGCACUCAGUUUUGGAAAGAGGAAAGUCUCCACUCCCACCAAAAGGAAGGGAUGGAGACUGGCUCACAGUACAUCAUCUCCCAGGCGACAGUCUCCUAGAUUCAAGUGUCAUGUUGACAGUGGAAAAGAUGGGGAGCAGUCCUCCAGCUCUGUGUCAUCACCGUUACUGUCAGAGGAAGAUGCUGAGCUUGGUUUGGUGAUCACUCUUGACGAGGAGAGAUGUGAAGAGCAGAAACCAAUGAGGGGGAAGAAUAGGGGUAAGCCAAAGAGACUGAUGGCAAGUGGUGAUGAAGAGGUUCAGUCAGGAUCUGAGAAGGAUGUGGAGUUGACCUAUCAGGAAGAUCCUAUGGAGGAAGACCUACACAAGCUGGACCGGGACCUGGAAAUCAAGUCACGACAACACAAUUUAACCUCUGUUAACGUCCGCAACAUCCUUCAUGAGGUGAUUACCAAUGAGCAUGUUGUAGCUAUGAUGAAAGCAGCCAUCAGAGACACCCAGGACAUGCCAAUGUUUGAGCCCAAGAUGACCCGCUCCAAACUCAAAGAGGUUGUUGAGAAAGGGGUGGGUAUUCCUACCUGGAACAUUUCACCCAUCAAAAAGCCCAAUGAAGUCAAGCCCCCUCAGUUUGUGGACAUCCCUCUGGAGGAGGAAGAGGACUCAUCUGAUGAAGAGUACUGCCCUGAUGAGGAUGAAGAGGACGAAACUGCAGAGGAGACAUUCCUGGAGAGUGAUGUGGACAGCACAGCAUCAUCUCCGCGCAUCAGCAGAAGAUCUCGCUCCAGGACCCCGCUCCAGGAGUCCCCCGAGUGUGAGAACGAGAACAGUAACAGCCCCAGACAGCCCAAACCGUUCAGACACUUGAGCGUUGAGGCAGUUCCUAUGGGACCUCCUCCACCUCCGCAGUCCUGUGACUCCUCACGGCCUGCCAGGGCGGCUGACUCCGUCUUCAUGGAGAAACUUCACGCUGUAGAUGAGGAGUUGGAGCUCAGCCCUAUCUGUAUGGAACCUUAUCAGACUCUGGGUGGCGGUAGUGAGGCAGAGGACAGUCUGGUGGCGUGUCGGACCCGCUCCAAGCGUCCCCUGCGGGACAUCCCGCUGGGCAGGUUGGAGGCGGAGCUCCAAGCUCCCGACAUCACGCCGGACAUGUACGACUGUGGCUCAACGCUGGAGGAUCGCGAGUGGAGCGAGUGGCUGCGUGGUCUCAUGGCAUCCGACAUCGAGAACGAAGAGGAAGGUGACGACGACGAUGAUCCUGAAUACAACUUCCUGGAAGACCUGGACGAGCCCGACUUGGAAGACUAUCGGAAUGACCGUGCAGUUCGCAUCACCAAGAAGGAAGUGAAUGAGCUGAUGGAGGAGCUGUUUGAGACGUUCCAGGAUGAGUUAGGAGUGAACGAACAGGAUGAAGAAGGGCGCGAAGAGGACGAGGAGAGGGACGAAGAGGCGCCUCAGACGGGAGCUCCCAAAUUCAAUGUUCCACAAGCCAUUCGGUUUGAGGAGCCUCUAGCCAACAUGUUGACAGAAUGCAGACGCACAGUCAGAGAGCAGCUGGAUGCCCUGCAGCAGCGCAGAGAGAACCAAGCCAAGACGGACCAGAACGCAGCCGUACCCCAGAUGAUGCUGCUGACUCAGGAGAAUGCCCUGGUUCUCACGUCUCCACAGAAACAGCAGCUGCAACAGCAGAUUCAACAGCACAUCCAGCUCCUGACGCAGGUGAAUAUGCUGAGCUCCCCAGUGGAGGCUCUUCACAAUGAGGCUGAAACAACCAAACUCUUCCUGAUGGAGAUGCAGUCGUUUGCGGAGCGAGCAGAACAAGCACGUGCGGCUCUAAACCCAGGCUUCCUUAGUGUCUUCAGGGCAUGGAACCUGAAGCCAUCUCUGGAGCUGCUGGAGGAACUGAAACAGUCUCCCUCUUCACUCAUCCCUGCACCCAAACCAACACGCUCCCAUGCCGUGCGAACGUAUCCGCUGCUCCCACCCAAGAUAGCCUGGCUGCUGGCCACUCGGCCUGUGUUCAUGUAUCCUGAGCUGCUGCCCCUCUGUAGCCUGGAUCCAGCUUUGCAUCCACCCCGCACCAAACCCACAUACACUAAGGGAGAAGAUGGCUUGAUUGUCCUGGGGUUGAAACACUUCAGUCAAACUGAGUUUCCCUACCACCUCAUGUGCCGAUAUCUUAUCCGGACGAAGAAACAGGAACAGCUGCGGAUCCGUGUUCAUGACAUGUGCUCGAGCCGUGCCUCAGAUAACAUCAUCAAGUUUUACUGUCAACACAAGGUGGUCCCUCCUCUGCCUGUUGCAUGCUCGCCUGUUUUGCCUGGAGAAGAGCGCCCUCCAGUGGAGAGAGAAGAGAUCACCUUGCCUAACUGGCUUCGGAAGAGUUUACCGUGUAUCCACAAGGCAGUGCUGGAAUACAACCAACAAAAUGCGGGGGCAACACUGGACACAAUGUCAGCUCAGUCUCCACCUUCUUGCGUAUUUCCAGAGGGAACUGUCUACCCACCGUCACUCCCCAAAAAUGUUAAUCUACGCUUGCAUCCCUCGUUCAGGGUGGAGCGUCCAAACCAAAAACAGAACACCAAGCCCCGCCCUCUUCGCGGUUUUGCACGUCCGGCCCUUGCACCAUUGGCAAAAGCUCCCACAGGUCCUGUGGGCUCAGUAAAUAUCAUUACCACUGUUCGUGGACCUCUUCCUCCUCAAAGGGUCAUCCUAUUGGCCAAAGCACCUUGCACUCCAAUUAGUGGGGCUGUUCCACUGUCACAAACCCCUUUGACUCCAGCACAUGGCACUUGCCCUGUUAAUCUUCAGUACAUUGGUCAGGAACCUGUAUGUGGGGUCCCAUUGGACACGCCUGCGGUAUUGCCUCCUGCUGUUUUUCGGGUCCCCUCAACCGUGUCUCACGAUACCUCUCGCCACAGCCCGGGGGUAGUUACAACAUGUGUAGUGCAACCAGUGCUCAAGAAUACAGAGCUCCCAAAAAAACGAAUCAUCCCCAGAAAACUGCUUCCCAUCCAACCUGCUCCAGUAAAACCUACACCUGAACUCCCUCAGCUUUUCACAGUCACUGCAGGCGGUGAAGUGAAUAUGCUACAUCUUAGCAGUAUUGCUCCUACAGCUUCACCAGUUACAGUCGCCAAUGAGACUCCAAGUGUUGUUCAGAAUAAACAAGCUCCUGUGGUUGUUAUUAACCAACAACAGCCUUCUGUGUUAGUCACCAACAGUGUCCACCAUAAGCCUGUUGUGGAUGAAUUGGCCAAGACACACUCUUCUACCUCUCCCCUUCAAGGGAACGUCAGUCAUCUGACCCAUGACUUUUCCCAGCUUUGUAAACUUUCCCAACUCCCAUUAUCUGGUCCUAUCCCCGCAGACCCUUGCCAAGUCACACAACCCAAACCACAUGACAAUGACGUCAUACCGAAGUCUAGCCCAGUAGUGUUCUCUCACACCUCAUCUGCCAUUCUCACUCCCAAUGUUAAAUCCAGCCCUGACAAUCCAGCAGUAGAUAAGCAGGACUGUCGGGGUCUUAGUCUGGCAGAUUUGAAAGGGGAACCUGGUAAUACUCCUUUCGAAUCAGGUACUAUAACUCUAGCUAUGAAAUCUGAAGCACUCUCAGCCCUAUCUGGUUCACCAUUGGACAGUUCCCAGUACGUACUGGCUCAGACUGCCAUACAGGGCACGCCGCACUUUAUCCUGGUACCCAAACACAGUUUGAUAUCAAAUCAACCCAUGUCCUUCACUGCUGAAAAACCUGACACAAAUGUACUAGUGCCAUCCCCACAGGGGAGCUGUGCCGGCGCCCUGGAGAGGAUGAUGGAAGAAGAGGGAAAGGAAGAAUGGAAACAGCCUGUAGAAAGAAGAAAUGAGGAGGGCGGGAGAGUAGAGGAGCUGGUUAGUCAUUCUGAUAUAUCAAAGAGUGAUAGUGAAAAUGAGAAGUUGGAUGGUGAGGGUAGACAGGCCCAUGUCAGAGUGGCCUUGCCUACACUUACCUGUGGCCCACAGAGAGGUCCAUCACCAGGUCUUCACAUACUGAGCACUGGAGCUAAGGGUCAGGAGUGUUCUGGAGGUGGAGAGGAGCAGAAAGAGAAGAACGGGGGGGAGAGGGAGGCAGGUGAUGGAAAGGAACAUCAGAAUGGUGAAGCUGGUGAUAAAGGAGAGAAAGAUGGAAAUGGAGAGGAGGAGAAGAAUGGAGGAAUGGGCCAAGGAGCAGGGGAAGGUGAUGAUGGUGGAGAGAGGGAUGGAGGUAAUGAUAAAAACGACGGAGAGAAAGAUGGAGAUGGCGAGCGUGAGAGACCAGGGGAUGAAGAGGAGGAAGAGGACUUUGAUGACCUCACUCAGGAUGAAGAUGAGGAGGAAGUGAUGUCAUCGGCUUCUGAGGAGUCUGUGCUUUCUGUGCCUGAAUUGCAGGAGACCAUGGAAAAGUUGACCUGGUUAGCAUCCGAAAGAAGAUUAUGUGGUAUGGGGGAUUCUGAAGAGGACAAUUCUCCAAAUUCUCCGAACUCGCCAAACUCCCCCAAUUCCCCUGAACUGUCACAGAACUCCCAGGAGGAGAACUCUGAGGAAGAGGAGGAGGGUGCGACAAAGGGGGAAGAGUCUGAGGCAGGGGAAGGAGAUGCUAGUAAGCUUCCUGGAGGAGACGUCCCUCAGGAAGAUGACCCCCCACAGACCAGUGGGAAAGGAGCCGGGCGUGGCAGAGGACGAGCACGCCCCUCCCGAAGUCUCCGGCGUAGUCGACGGCAAGAACGGGGCAGCAAGGAUGCUUCCAAACUUUUACUGCUCUAUGACGACCACAUCCUUGAUAACGACCCUAUGAGAGAAAGCAAAGACAUCGCGUUCGCCCAGGCUUACCUUAACAGGGUGCGCGAGGCCUUGCAGGAUGUGCCGGGGAGGAUGGAGGAAUUUUUGGGGCUUCUGUACGAGUUUGAGCAGGGCGGAGAUGGACGUAGUGCAGUGGACCUGUUUUUCCAGCUUAAACCUCUGCUCAGAGACUGGCCUGAGCUCCUCAGAGACUUUGCUGCCUUCCUCUUACCUGAACAGGCCUUGGAGUGUGGACUGUUUGAGGAACAGCAGGCGUUUGAACGUAGUCGGCGCUUCCUUAGGCAGCUGGAGAUCAGUUUUGGAGAAAACCCAUCACAUUACCAGAAGAUUGUACGAGCACUACAGGGUGGCCCUGGCCUCAGUCCAGCUGGGAUAGAAGAACUUAAAACACAGAUGGCCACACUCCUGAAAGGUCACACACACCUGCAGGCAGAGUUCUGGGUGUUUUUUGAUGAGCUUCGGCCGACCCCAGCUCGUCCAGGGCAGUUUGAGGAGGCAUCAUGGCCAGAGGAGGGAGGGAGUGUGACAGAUGGCGUGGAUGGUCUCAGUUUGGGAGCAGGGACAUGUGGGGGAUUUGAGGAGGUCACCCUCCCUGACCUGGAGGAAGAGGAAGAAGUUCAGAAGAUCCCACCAAUGACAGCCAGGAGUAGGCGGAGGAAGGAUUUGGGUCCUUACAAGCAGGAAUGUGAUUGGCCAGAUAAAGACUGCUCUUGCCAUUGUCAUGACUCCAACCAUGAUGGCAAGCAUCGGAGACACAAGAGGAAAGGAUGCCCUCGCUGCCAUAGCAACAAGGGCGCUGACGUCUCCAAGGUGAUGAAGGGCCGUGACCCCUCGUAUCCCACAUCAGAUCCUCUCACGGAGAGAGCUGGAGAGGAGAGAGAGGAAGAGAAAGAGACGGGGGCGGAGGUCAAAGACGAGUCUGAAAGUGGGGCCAAUAGCCCCCAUCCUGAUCAAGAAGGGCAAGUGUGGGAUGGUGCUGAGGGAGACCCGCUCCCUAACCCAGAGGCAAGAGAAGAGGAGGAGGAGGAAGAAGAAGAUGAGUGGAAGGAGGGAGAGGGGGAACACCAUCCUUCCCCAAAAAAGCCCCGCAGGGAUGAGGACGAUCCAGCCGCAAGGGAAGAGCCUCAGGCUUCAGCUCCAGAGGAGAGAGACACUCCUCAGCAAGCCCGCUCCAACCUUACUUCAGACACCCCAGUCUGUGCCAAAAACAUCUCCCUUACUCCCAGUGGAGAGAAGGUUAUCCUCUGGACCAGGGAGGCUGAUCGUGUCAUCCUAACUGCCUGUCAACAACAAGGAGCCAGUCAGAGUACCUUCCAGGCUGUCUCUGCGCAACUAGGCAACAAGACUCCCAGUGAGGUCUCCAGGAGGUUUCGGGACCUUAUGAGACUGUUUCACACUGCAGCUCGUCAGGCUAGCUCUGAGGACGAAGCUAGUAACACAGAACAGCAGUCAGCGACGGAUGAAGAACAGGACUGA